AUACAAACCAAUCAUGGUCUGAAGUUUACCAUCUUCUAAUGGCUCCUUCCAGCAGGAUAAAGCUCCACGUCACAAACUGGUUUUGUGAGCAUGACAGUGGGUUCAGUGAACUUCAGUGCCCCCCCCCAGUCACAGCAUCUGGAUCCAGUAGAGCACCUCUGGGAUGUGGUAGAACGGGAGACUGGCAGCCUGACAAAUCUGCAGAAAUGUCGCGAUGCAGUCACGUGAACAUGGACCAGAACCUCAGGGGAAAGUUCCCCACAUCUGGUGGAAUCCAGGCCACGAAGACCUGAGGCUGAUCCGGGAGCAAAGGGAGGAACCACCCAGUGUUAGCAUGGUGUUCCUAAUAAAGUGCUCACUGUAACGUUUUCUCCCAGCGGGUUUGUCCGGUACCGUGUCUCCGCUCCUGCAGGCGGCGCUCUUCACCGUUUAAUCCGACUCCCACUACCGUACUCUGUCACUAAGGAAACAAGAUGGCGUCCGGCAGCGGGUCCAGUAAGAAUGACUUCCGUCGGAAAUGGGACAAAGACGAGUAUGAAAACCUUGCUCAGAAACGACUGGCUGAGGAGCGAGACAGAGAGAGGAGAGAUGGGAAGGUGGCUCCGCCGGUUAAGCGGGACCUCCUGCGUCACAGAGACUAUAAGGUGGAUCUGGAGUCCAAACUGGGGAAGACCAUCGUCAUCACCAAGACCACUCCUCAGGCUGAGAUGGGCGGUUAUUACUGUAAUGUCUGUGACUGCGUAGUGAAAGACUCCAUCAACUUUUUGGAUCACAUCAACGGCAAGAAACACCAGAGGAACCUGGGCAUGUCGAUGCGGGUGGAGCGUUCGUCUCUGGAUCAGGUGAAGAAACGUUUCGAGGUGAACAAGAAGAAGCUGGAGGAGAAGCAGAAGGAGUACGACUUCGAGGAGCGCAUGAAGGAGCUGCGGGAGGAGGAGGAGAAGGCGAAGGCCUACAAGAAGGAGAAGCAGAAGGAGAGGAAGCGUCGGGCAGAGGAGGACGUGGACUUCGAGGAGGACGAUGAGAUGGCGGCCGUCAUGGGUUUCUCAGGCUUCGGCUCGUCCAAGAAGAGUCACUGAGGCUCUGCAGCUCGACUCCAGGCUGAGGACCACUUUGCACCGGGACAGGAAUCUGGUUUUUGUGCCGCCCCCCUUUCAGUCAGCUGGAGUUUCAGACCAGAACCAGACUGUAAACACAGGAUGGAGGAGUCCUGCUGCAGGCUGCGGUCAUUUCUCCACAGUCCUGACGUCCCGCUCAUUGUCCUGGUUCAGACUUUCACUUUUUUCUUUACAGCCAGGCUCUUAUUUUGGUAGUUUUAUCCAUCACUCUGUCUGUUCUGGUGACAUUUGCUCUCACAGCUUCCUGUCACAGACACGAGUGAAAAUGAAAGUGAGAUCUUCUAAAUGUUUGUGAGUGAGAAGUUGUCAGAACUGAGAGAAACGAUGGACGGAGCGACAAAAAUGAGACAAAAAACAAAUCUGCAGAAGUUUCCUUUGCGAUGAUAAGAAGUCAGAGGGCGACGCGUUUAGGUUCCUGCAGAUAAAACGAUUAAAGUAUCAGAAACCACAGAAACGCUUUCAGCAGUUUGAGCUUUUCUUCACUUCUCCUUCACACAAAAAUACAUCUGAAUUCAUUAAAAUACAAAGUUCAGAUACAAAGAUUCAUAUUUUUUUUCUCAGUAGUGUAGUUUUAAUGAAUUAACUGAAUUUUUGAUACCAGGAGUUGGAUUACAAAUAUCAACAAACUGAAUUUUAACUUGUUCAAUCUUUAUUUGUGACGUCAGAAAAAGAAAAGCUCAAACAGCUGCAGCAGUUCUUUUCUUUUCGACGUGUCAGAGUUCGUCUGUUUUAUCAGGAUACUGAAGUUGUGGAAAUUGUGAUUUUAAUAAAUGCUCUGUUUUUCUUUGUUUCCA